AGUGUUGUGUGGGCGGGCUCACUCUUCGUGGCACUGUCGGGGGGUGGGACUGUGAGGUCCAACAGGAAAAACUAAAGAAAGGCGAGUAUCUUUGAGCAAACGGUAAAUAUUCGAUUAAAAGUCAUCAUAAUGUAGGUCAUUUUGAUUAUUAUUAUGAGUCGAUGUAGCUGCCGGAUGUGAAAAUACUGUGUUGCGGUCUGUAAAUGUGGUGAGACAAGCUUGACAAGGCCAGUUGUCCCGAGAAAGUUAGCAAAGUUAGCAGCUAAUAGUUAGCCUCCUUAGAGGUAAUGGAAACUACUGCUAGCUGUAAGUUAGCACGUCUUAUUUUGAGACAGCUUUUGGACAUUUAAAGGUAUCUUUGAAACAAUAAGCGGUAUUAGGUUGGUAGAUAAUCUGUAAUAGACAGUACUCCAACAUAAAAGGAGGUGACAGUCACUUUAACCCUAAAGGAUAGAGGAAUGACUAGUCAGGAAGUGAAGUUAAAAAGCAGCUUAAAUAAACUAAACAGGGAUAAUUCUCUCAAGUAUUCAAGAAAACCGGAGAGAAAAACGACUCUAAAUGUCAUCUGAUGGAGAAAUAGGAGGAGAAUUUGACGGGUCAAUGUAUCGCUGACAUUGGAGCUUCACUAAAUACUGAAAACAUGACUUUAUUCUUAUUUACAACUGAGUGUUGAGGUUUAAAGUAGGCAAUAACGAUCCUUUAUUUCAACAAAGACAGGACUUUUUAAAUCAUUGUUCUCAGCAUGUAAUUUUACAUUUAUUUUAUAAUUAUUGACCAAGAAGUGAAGUAAGGGGAAGUAAGUGAAAUUUACAUUUCUCUCAGAGCAACGCCACAAAGCGUUUCAUAAAAUAUCUCAAUGAUCAUGAAAAAAAGGAGAAUUUUAACAACUUAACCCUGAACACACAAAAAACUUCAAAACAAAACAUUACAGAGACUCUUUCACUCAGCUGUGUGGUUUGUAUCUUAUUGGUUGUGAGUUGUUAAAGUCAAGGAUGUCUAAAAAAAUGUCAAAAUGUGAACAAUGUAAAAAGAAAUUGGAUUCGACAAAUCUUUUUUUAUUUGUACUUGAAAGUGAACAAAUUAAUUAAUCAAUCUAUCUACAGAGUAAUUGAUUACUGGUAGGUAAUUCUUUUGCUAAUACUUCAACAAUGUCUGUUGAGGUUUUAUGUAAAUUUUGUUCUGUUGAGCCUUUUAGAUUUCAUUUUUUGUUAGUUUUACGUGCUUCAUCACAGAAAUGUUCUAAACCACCUCUGUUGAUCCGUCCGUACAGAAACCACUCAGACUAUCUUUGGUUGAGGUUAAAUCAUCCCUGCAUUAUUACAUUUGUAAAGGACUGUGUUUUGUUUUCAUUUUCAGAUGGCUGCAAUCAGAAAGAAACUGGUGAUUGUUGGUGAUGGAGCCUGUGGAAAAACCUGCCUCCUUAUAGUGUUCAGCAAAGACCAGUUCCCUGAGGUUUACGUGCCAACAGUGUUUGAAAACUAUGUGGCAGAUAUUGAGGUGGAUGGUAAACAGGUAAAUUGAUUAUUUAUUGGCGUUUUUAACUUUUUGCUUAUACUCACAGAAAUCCAAACACUUUAGAAAACUGUAAAGAUGUUUUAUUUUUGUAGAAAAAAGCUUGUUGGAUUUUUUUCAUUGGAGUUAGGAUUUUUGCAGAGAUGCAGAUCUGGGGUUACAAAGGUUUACAAUGCCAAACAUUUUUCUUCUGCAUUAAUGAACACCUAACAUCAGUAGAUCUUAAAGACAGGCUUUAAAUAAACCAUAUCAGUCAUGUUAUCUCAGUGUCACCUCCACUUAGUGCCUGCUUGAUUUAGAAUUUGCCUCUGAGCCCAAAAUUAUAAUGGAAUCACAAGUGCACUGAAUAUCUGAGAAGCCUGAACAAAUUUAAAGAAAAGUUUCGGGCUCGCUGGUUAUUUUUUGUCACCUAAUCUCUACUACGGAGCUGCAUUUGGCAGUAGUUUUUUAAAAACUCUGGAUGGAUCACAGCCAGCUGUUACUUUCUUCUGACAGUUUCUCUGCAAAGGUAAUGCCAUGACUUAAGACCAUUAAUUUACAGACAAACAUGUCAUCCAACUUUGAGAAAUACUGAGAAACGGUAUACUUCGAAAAUGUUAUUUCUUAACUAGAAGAGUUUGUGAAAAAAUUAUCUUUGCUAUCCAUGUCACAAAUUUCCAAAUCCAGAGAAAAGGACCCCUCAAAAAAUCAGAGCUUAUGAUGUUUUUCCUGCGCAGUAAGGAAGUCAGUUCUACAUGAAACUUUGCAGUUAACUGUAGUGCUGGUGUGUUGUAGGUGGAGCUCGCCCUUUGGGACACAGCUGGUCAGGAAGACUACGACAGGCUGAGGCCUCUCUCCUACCCCGACACAGACGUCAUCCUCAUGUGUUUCUCCAUUGACAGCCCUGACAGUUUGGGUAAGAUUUCGUCUUGUUAGCAUUUUUUCAUCAGUGCUAGGUUUUUAUCUGGUCCAUGUUAAACAUUGUGGUUUUGUUCCCUGUGCAGAGAACAUUCCAGAGAAGUGGACCCCUGAGGUCAAACACUUCUGCCCCAACGUGCCCAUAAUCCUUGUGGGGAACAAGAAAGAUCUGCGUAAUGAUGAGCACACACGCAGAGAGCUGGCUAAAAUGAAACAGGUCAGUGAGGCAGGGACUCUGAAACCUAUAUUGAAGCUUAAGUUUCCCAGUUGUGGAGAUAGUCCAUAAUAAGUAUUGGGCUUAUCCUACCAAAGAGGACUAAUUUCAUGCCUAGCUGUGUCAGGCUUAAAUUCAAACAGCUGUGGAUUUUUCUAGGCCAGUAAAAUUUCUUACAGUGAUCAGAUUUUAAAUUUUGAUCAUGGUCAAUAAUUAUUUUUUGUUUAGAGGCACUGAAUGACAGUAAUAUGAUGAUGAUGAUGAUGAUGGCAUUAUUGCUUAAUGAAAGACAGGAAUAAACACAAACUCUUCUGGAUAAUCUGAUGUUGAAGUCAGCAAAAGCAGAUGUGAAGCACAUGUGGUUGAGAGACAGUAGCUGAUGUGUUUAGAGACUGCAUUGCAGCAGAUUUAUAUUUCACUAUCAUGUUGUCUAUGAAGGGCCCUUAGAAUAAACUUUCCUGUGAUGAAUUAGUUCAAUUUCCUUUUUUUGUCCUCAUUGAAUGUUUGUGUUUCUGAAUUUUUUUUUUCUAUCUGGCAGGAACCGGUAAAAUCAGACGAGGCCAGAGACAUGGCGAACCGGAUCAAUGCUUUUGGUUACCUGGAGUGCUCAGCCAAAACCAAGGACGGCGUGAGGGAAGUGUUUGAGAUGGCCACCAGGGCAGCGCUACAGGCCAAGAGACGAGGCAAGAAGAGCGGCUGCCUUCUGCUUUAGAGCAUCAGAUCACUCAGGGUCAACCGGGACGGAGGGGGUAAAAGAUCCCUGCUCCGUGGGCACAGCUGAGCGGGGCAUUCAGGGGAUGUGGGAGAAAAUCAAACCAGGCCAAAGGGACAAAAGGAAGAGGGUUAAAUUCAAAGGAAACAGGGACAGAAAAGUCCAAUGUUAUAGCUUUUAGCUUUUGAGAGUUCAUUAGACCUCAGAUUUAGAGAGUGAUGAGAGGGGGGUAUACCUUAAAAAGUGCAGGAGUGUCAGAAUCAUAAGAAGGUUAUUCGAUUUUCUGAGAGGGGUAUGAUGAUCUCAGAUGGUUAGGUAUUGAUACUAGUAGAGAUCAGGGUAUUGGUGCCUGAAUAACUGUCACAAAUCUGCAAAGGCUUGCUGUGUAACCGUACUUUUCUUUCAGGUUUGUGCUAUCAGUCUAAAAGUUUUCUUCUAGUUAAUUUCCCUGAAAAUAUAGACCAACUUGACUUUAAAUGGACCUUUUACAGAAAUUUGGAAAAGCUUAGUUUAUGUGACUAAAUUUCUGAGCAUGGAUACAUGAUGGUGAUGAGACCAACUUAUUUGAGUGUUUAUCUGAGCUUGUUAUCGACCGCAACAGUCUGAAAAAAGAUUGAAUAAAGCAGACUGUCAAACACACUGUAUACUUUAGGGUUAAAGGGUUAAUAAAAAAGUACCACCCUCUAAAACUUGUAAAACUAGCAGCAAGGCCUUCACUAUCUAAAAUCCCUAAGGACCAGACCUGUGUGUAGAAAAUGGUUUUUUUUAGAAACAACCCUUUAUUUCCCUCAUUUUGGUAAGAAAAGCCUCCAUGUUUCCUGUUUUGCUCUAAUUAUCUGUUGUUACACCUCCUCCAUUUUAACCUGUUGCUUUUAAAGUAAUGUGUAUUUCUACAGCACUGUUUCCAUGACUACACACUGACAGAAUUUCUUUUUAAUACAUGAAAGUCAGACUGAUUAUUGCAGCCACCUAAAUUAAAGCUCCUGUUGCUUUGAAUUUGAAGCCCCCUGAGGACAGACAGGUAAUAACAUUAUAUUUUUUAUCAUGAAUCUUAUCUUAUUUUCAUUUAGCAGUAGGAAGAAUUACUUCAUGAGAAUUUCUGCAGUGGAAAAUAUAGAAAAAAGCUGUGCAGUUUACCACUUAAACUGACACAUAUUCACUGACACUGGUACCAGAAACCAGUUAUCACAACAUGGAAAUAAACAGACCUGUUGCUAAUUGUCUUUGUUUGCUUUUGUAGGUCAUGAAUAGACAUCAGUUUUACUCUGUCUGAUUCAUAACCGGCUAAGAACUGUACCAGUGCAUCAAAGUCCUCAUUUUUUAGAUUCAGAUAUAAAUGGCAAGGAACUGAGUAGUCUCAAGGUAACAAAACAUUAAAAUAAAAUGUCGAACUGGAACACAAUUCUUACAUGUCUAAACAACAGGUCACAGAAUCUGCAGGCAAACAAUGUCAAUAUUCAGAGCUAGCACCACCAAUCUUCAGUCCUCAUGCCUAUACUUGUUACACACACAAUAAUGCCAACCAAAUAUAGCUGACAUACAACUUUUUAUCAACUUUUUAAUCCAGUCUUUUUACUUCCUGCUGGAAUGUCUUUAAAUCCUCCACUCUGUUUUGGUUAAGGUUUAAUUUGAGCUGCAGCAAAAUACACUCCAGCAAUUAAAGUAACGGACGUAGUUGCAAAUGGUGUAAGUGUUGCAACAUAUGGAAGUCUAUGCUUUCUGUACACUUCAAGUUUAUUUACAAAAAUGAACUUAAUAAAUCUGGUAAAUCUGAGCAUCUUGAUAUGAUAAGUAAAUGAAAACUGCAUUUAAGAGCAGUUCUUAUAUAGUUCAUUUGUUACACUUGUGGAAAAAGUGCUGUAGUAAUGCACAUUAAACAGAAUUAAAGCUGUUUAGACAUUAUACUCUUGUUUCUUCUGCUCCCUCUCAGUCGCAGUCGGACUGAUAUUAAAAUACUUGUUUUUAUUUCCCACCUGACUGAUCCUGUUUCUCUCUUGUUUCUCUGUUGUAUUUUAUUUUAACUUUAUGUGAUAUUCUACUGGCUAACAUUGUAUUAUUUGCACACAUCUUGAAACAUAAAGGUCAGUGUGGUAUUUACUCUUUGGAAAAGAAUGUCAAAUCAUAAAUUACAACUCUUAAAAAAUGAAUAAGGAUUGGUUUGAGAGAGGAUUAGUCUUUUGUAUACAAAUGUAUCCUCACGUUUCUCCAGUUGUCUUUUUUAUGUACUCUAAAUGAAAUAAACUGUAACUGCUAAUGACCAAAACUGUC